AUGGCGACGAAAUCCGGGAGCGAUCUGACGGCUGUCCCGUCUCUCACAUUUUCCUUCGUGGAGACUUAUAUACAGAUGAAUAGCAGAAGUGCCGGGACUUCCCAACUGAACAAAGGCUUCAAAUAUUAUAGUGAAGGGUUCAUUUAUAAUUUGCGAAGUAAGUUUCAUUCAUCAAUUUCCAAUGUUCCUAGUACAUUCAUUUCACUCAAGUACAUGUACUAUGAAAUGCAGGUCACCUUAGAGAGCAGUCCAGUGGUUAAAGUGGUCAGCGCCAGCUGCAGCUGUGCCAUAGGUCAGAGCCAGUGUUGUGGUCAUGUGACAGGUGUUUUAUAUCUGGUGGCCCACUAUAAGCAGAGAGGAAUGAAGUCCAUCCCACAGGAUAUUGCCAAGACCUCCAUGCCACAGACAUGGCACAUCCCUCACCAGGACAAAAUAUCCGGUAUGUCAGUACCAGAGAUAAAGGUUUCUGGAUACAAGAGUGAUGGAGAGGACAGGCCAGUGAAAUCAACCCUUUACAACCCCAUUAGGUCUACCCUUCCACCAUUGGAACCAUUUUUUUCAUCCCUGAAGUUAAAUCAUCCUGAUCUAUCACUAUUAACAACAGUUCCACAGACUGAUGAGCCAGCACCACCUUUUGUAAGAACUAAUUUUGGAUUGUUUCCUAAGGGUAGCACCAUCAGCCAUCAACAGAAAUUAUCUGGAAAUUAUCUGAUAAACAUUGUGGAUGUUUUUCCUGAUUUGCCCAUUAGUGCUGAGCAGACAGGAGAGAACAACUACAGCAGUGUGCUGACAGAGAGUCAGACAACUCUGCUAGACUCACUCAGUGUCAGUCAGGAUGAGGCUGUGGAGAUAGAGAAGGCUACCAGACUCCAGGCAGGACAAGAAUUUUAUGUCAUUAAUUUCAUUAAAAGAAAAUGUUGCACCCAAAUCCAUUACAUUAAAAAAAAUAAUAAUAAAAUUUCAGAACCAGAGAAGUUUGCAGAAAGACUGAGAUCUUCUUCUAGGACCGUCCUCACAGAGGCAAUGAGAGAGGGCAUUGCCAAUGAGCCUUUUGCAGUAGAGGCAUAUGGGAAGCUAAAGGAGGGCAAUGUGAAUAUAUAUCCCUGUGGGAUUGUAAUAAGUCCCAGAGCAGCAUGGAUGGCUGCUUCUCCAGACCGGAAGGUGCUAGACCCCAGCUCCAACCCUCCUUUUGGUCUACUGGAGGUGAAGUGUCCAGACCUGCGGAAUAAGGACCUCUGUGAUCUGCAGUACCUCAGCCUGAAGGACAAUGGCCAGCUUGCUCUUAAGGCAACAUGUAACUACUAUCAUCAGAUCCAGAUGCAACUGGCAAUGACUGGUUUGAAAUGGUGUGAUUUCUUUGUCUGGUCUGAAAGGCAACACCAUCUCGAGAGAAUUGACUUUUGUCCUGAGAGCUGGCAAAGGGUGAAAGACAAGGCAGAUAAAUUCUUCUUUGAUUACCUUCUUUCAUAGUUUCUGUACUACUAUGUUAGAAGUCAUUUCUCUGAUUAUUUCAAUUACCAAAAAAAUCAGCAAUAUUCUUAACAUCAAGCUAGAUGAAAUCAUAUCA